AUGGCUGAAAUGCAACAAAUAUUAUAUGGAUUUUUGGAUUACGCACGAAGAUUAAUGAUUCAAUUUGGAAUUAAGACCGAAAUUGAAGUAACUAGUUGGGGACGCAUUGUGAAUAUUAUUACAAAAGUUUAUAAAAAGAAACUUCGCGAUGUAACAAAAUCUGUGAUGGAAGCAGUAAUUCCAAUUAAAAGACAUUAUAGAAAAUUAUUCAAACAAGAAUUUUUAUUGAGGCCCAUAGUAGAGUCCAUGGAAACUAAUGGAUUUAUUAGGACCUUGUGA